GCAGCGAGAGGGUAGUAGGCUGCAGAAAAGUAGUGGAGGUGGUGAGCGUCGUCAUCCUCACCAACCAACGUGUUUCAAUUGCAAUGAAGUCGGCCACUAAGUGAAUCAUUGUCCAAAACGAUCAAGAAGGUAUUCCGGCGCGGUGCGUCCGUCCACCUUAAGUGACUCCAGGCGACGCAGAUCACCACGUCGCCAUGGGGCGGGAAACACGGCCAGCUCGACCCUGCAGUGCGUGCACAAAUCGUCGAAUUGGGGAAAAUUUUUGCGGUGCGAAACAAGAAAAGAAAGACGAAAAGAAGCGAAUGAUGGAGGAGGCGAGGAAGCGUGAGGAAGAGGCCAAGCAACGAGAGGCUGAGGAGAAGGAUCGGUCGGAAAGGAAAGCGAUAAAAAUACGAGAGAAGGCGUGCCAAGAGGCGGAGUAUAAAGCCGAGUUGAAGAAGGAUCUAGGUAUCCAAGUGGCGAUCAUGAUGAAUGAGAUGCAAGGCGGCGGAGGAGAAAGCGAGACUAGUGUAACUCAGGAGAUCAGGGAGAAAGCCGGAAGGCUUUGCUUAUCAGAGAAACGCAAACGCGGGCCGGACCCAGUGUUUGAGGACAACCCACCAAUGGAGAAGACUCCGAAGAAGACACCGAAACGGAAAACUUUGAAACCUAUUAAGUUGUCGACUCACAAGACCCUUUCGAAGGCGAUAAAGACCGUAAAGACACCUGGCUCUGCCAAGAGACGUUCUCCUGUUAAGAUUCCGCUAUCUAUGAGAAGGAAGACCCCGACCAAGGGGAAGUCUCCGAGCGGUAUUUUGACUCCAUCUUCGAAGGGCGCGCUUGUCAGGCUUCGGUUCAUGAACACAGCUAGUGAGGAAUUGAAGGACUUCGACGCUUCGGAGCUACAAUGGAUCUGCAAGGAAAAAGGUAUCCACUACGACAAGAAGGUGGACGCCAUCUUCGAUAUUGUCGAACACCUCACAGCGCUCGCCUUUGACAGCACGACCGAGCACGAGCCCGAUGUCAUUCGUAUCACUAAAUCCACAAAUGACGGGGCCACAAGCAUUCAGCCCGACGCGAUUAAUAAGUGAAGAAGCUUGAGGUGUUCCCAACUCUGGGAUGUGUGUAAAUAUUUGACAAGUUUGCGUUGCAAAUUCUUGAC